AUAGCAGUAGAAAAAAAAAAGAGAAAUCAGCAGAAAGAAAGAAAAGAGAGGAGAGGGUGCGAAGUAGAAGAGAGGAGAAGAGGGGAGAGUGCGCCGGCGGGAGUCACUGCCGCUCGUCGCGCCGCCGUCGUCAUUCGUCUAUGGGUGAAGCAGAGGAGAGAGAUCCGUGAGGAAGGGGGGGACCGCGACCUGUUCAACCGCCGUUCGUGGAGUCCGCGCCAGCGUCGUCGCGGAGGAACGUCCUUGUCAUCGCGAGCUGUCGCCAUCGCCGACCAGAACCCAUCACCGUCGCCGCCAUAACCGUCGCGAAGGAGGAAGCUCAGAGGAGAGAGAGAGAGACCGCGCGACUCUGAGGGAGGAGGACGCGGCCAGUGACGCGAGGAGCGCGACCCACUGAACGGCGCUGCGUCGCCGUGUGCUGUUGCCGUCGCCUCAAACUGUGGCCACCGUCGAGCUUCGAGGAGAGAGAAGGGAGCUCGCGAUCACAGUUCAAUCACCAUCGAGCUUGAAGGGAAUCGCCAUUGAUAUCACCUGAUAGCAGCUUCCCCUGCAUUCCCAAUUCAAUUCUUGAAACCUACUACCGUCGCCGUCGUCAAUCUAGAUCCUAGCUCACUGCUACUGAUGGUGGUAAGCCAAACUGUCAUCCUUGAUGCUGGAGAAGGACACCGGAGUUGCUAUUCUGGUUCUGAUGCAAUUCGUCUCUGUCCCGGAUCACCGUUGUCUUUUGUUUUGCUUUUGCUUCUAGUUGCGCCGGUACUGAUGUAGUUGCCGCUCCAUCGUUCUAUUUUUCCAUAACUGUAGGUUGAACCAUUGUAACUAUGGAGCUGUGUUUGAUGGUGUUGUUGCAGAGAGUUUUCAGUGUAGCUAAUGCCACUGCCGUUGUUUCGUUCUCUUAGUACAGGUCGAGUUCUGUUGUGAAUGGUGCUUUUUGGGCUAUAUGGUUGUGGGAAAUAGUCAGAGUCAAUGCCGUUCGAUUUCGGAAUGAGGAAAAAAGGAAUUCUUCGACGCAUUUGUUAAUAAAUUAGACAGCACCAAGUUUGAAGAGCAUGGCUUCCAAUAUUGUGACAAUAAUUUCAAGCUUUGUUAUAGCAGUGAUAGUAGCUAUCACAGUCCAGAUCUUCUACUUCUCACCCAUAGAUCCACUACCACUGGAGAUUCCACCUUCAUCUUCUGCUAGACACAACCAAUUAAAGAACAUAAUUAAGGUAGGAGAAGGGGUUCUGAAAGAUCCAGAAGAUGUUUGUUUUGACAAAGAGGGAACUCUGUAUGCUGCUACAAGAGAUGGUUGGAUUAAAAGAUUACCAAGAAAUAAUGGAGAUUGGGAGAAUUGGAAGCAUAUUGAUAGUAACACUUUGCUAGGAAUCACUCCUUCUAAAGAUGGUGGCCUAAUCGUAUGUGACGCUACAAAGGGUUUAUUCAAGGUUACAGAGGAUGAUGGUUUCACUGUUCUCGUUUCAUCACAAGGGAAUGGUUCUCAAAUCAAUUUUGCAGAUGAUGUGAUAGAAGCAUCAGAUGGAAGUAUAUAUUUCAGUGAUGCUAGCAAAAAGUAUGGUUUGCAUCAUGUGCAUCUGGAUUUGCUAGAGGCAAGACCACAUGGACAACUUCUAAAGUACAAUCCAACUUCAAAUGAUGUUGAUAUUGUCUUGGACAAACUGUACUUUGCCAAUGGAGUUGCACUCUCCAAAGAUGAAGAUUAUCUUCUUGUGUCUGAAACCUGGAAAUCCAGGGUUCUGAGGCAUUGGCUAAAAGGAGCAAAUAAAGGCAAAACAGAUAUUUUCGUUGAAAACCUUCCGGGUGGACCUGAUAAUAUCAAUCUAGCUCCUGAUGGUUCAUUUUGGAUAGCUUUGGUUUCGCUAACUAAUAAUGGAUUGGAGUUUAUGCACAAAUACACGGUAAUUAAGCACUUACUAGGUUCAUUUCCAAGGUUAUAUGGCCUUACGAGUGGUGAAACCAAGAAGGCAACAGUGGUCAAUGUGGCAACUGAUGGCAACAUAACCAGAAUAUUUGGUGAUAAUGAUGGUAGAGUGAUUAAUUUUGUGACUUCAGCUUUCGAGUUUGAGGAUCAUCUUUAUUUGGGCAGUCUCAAUUCCAACUUUGUUGGAAAAUUACCUUUGCACAGUGCUUAGAACUUUGUUAUAUAGAACAGAAGGCUAAAUCUCAAUUUUGGUCCGUGAGAUUCACGCGAUUAUCUAUUUUGAUCUCCAAAAUUUAAAAUUAUCUAUACUGGCUCUCCAGAUUCAAGUUCGGGUACUAAUGUGGUCUUUUGACUCUUUCCGGCGAUGACUAGACAAAUAGAAUGCUGAGAUGGCACCCUCCUUGCCACGCUGGAUGAUGAGUAAAUGAUGUCAUUUACCCUUGACGCCCAAACAAGUCAGAAAUAAAGAAUAGUGGAAGUAGAGAAGAAGAAGAAUAUUUUAUUUUGGGUUUCCAUGGUUUCUUCUCCCUUCAUAUAUAAAGCAACAAUAUUCCUGACUUGUUUGGGCGGCAAGGGUAAAUAACGUCGUUUACUCAUCAUCCAGCGUGACAAGAAAUAUGACAUCUUAGCACUUUGUUUGCCUAAUCAUCGCCGGAAAGAGUCGAGAGACCAUAUUGGUUCCUAAACUUGAAUCUAAAGAACUAAUAUAGGUAAUUUUAAAUUUCGGAGACCAAAUUGAAUAAUCGCAUGAAUCUCAGAGACCAAAAUAGAAAUUUAGUCAUUGACGCAUGUAGUAUUAUUGGUAGUUAGAUAAACACUUCAAAUACUCAAGGAAAUCGGUCCAUGUGAUUAUUGUCAUUUUGUAUCAUGUCAUAAUAGACUCGUUUGUUUAUGUAUUUCAAGAAAAUCCACCAACAGAAAAUUGAGUAGUGUGUUUUUCAUAAAUUAAUUUAUGAAUGGAAGUAAUAAUAGAGAUGUAUAAUUA